AUGAUUUCGAGAAAUUUUUUAUUGUGUUUUACUGGUGCGUGUUUAUUGGUAUUGACGAGUGCUUCCGUGACAAAUAGGAUCGAUGAUAAUUUCAGUGAUGUUCCAAGAUCGUACCAAGAAAAUCAAAAAACAAACGAAGUCGACGAUGAAUCUUCAUGGUGGUCAUUUCCAUCCAAACAAAUCAACAUGAUACAAAGAAUGUUGAGCGAUUGUUCGAGCGGGGAUCCAUUUUCCGUUUGUUUAAAAGCCAAAGCGGUCACGUUUUUGGAUCGAGUACUCAGAAAGGACAGCAUAUCUCUUACCGAUGGUUUAUCACUCGUUGCCGAUGCCAACGCUUCUUCGAGAGCCCGUUCUGGCAGAGCCUUAACCGAAGAAGAAUUAGUUGCAAGUCUACCUAGAGAACUCGGGAAAAAAGAAGAAACUUUGGAUCAAAUGAUUUUGGGAAAACUAACUGAAUUCUUUCAAGGUCACAAACUUCAAUUAAAUUUCGCCGACAAUGACUCUACUGAUGUCGUAGAAGCAAGAAAAAAAGGGAAAAAAAUACUACCGAUUCUCGCCAUGGGAGCUUAUAUGGCUAGCAUGUGGUAUGCAGUAACAUUAAAGGGAAUAGCAGCUAUUGCAGCUAAAGCUUUAGUUGUCGGCAAGAUAGCUCUUGUUAUCGCUGCCAUCAUUGCCAGGAAAAAGGGAAAGAAAAUUCUUCCUUAUCUUAUACUUGGAAAACUAUGGGCUGCAUCUCAUAUGGGUUUAGCGUUAAAGGCUUUGGCCGCUCUUGCCUUAAAAGCUCUAAUGAUCGCCAAAGUCGCAUUGGUAUUAGUCGGUGUUAUCGGUUUGAAAAAACUCUUCAGCGGAGAUCAACACGAUCAUCAUACCUACGAAGUAGUAGCCCAUGAACAUCACUCAGAUCAUCACGACAGAAUGUUCAAUACCGACCCACACGGAUCUCAUUCGCUCGCUUACAGAGCUUAUGUGAAUAACAGAAACUAA